AUGCGAACGGUGACAGGUUGGAGAGGUUGCAUGGACUAUCGGAAGCUAAAUUCAUGGACUAAAAAGGAUCAUUUCCCCAUGCCUUUUAUGGAUCGAAUGCUUGAUCGAGUAUCCAAGAGAGGGUGGUAUUGCUUGUUGGAUGGGUAUUCUGGCUAUAAGAAAAUCUCCAUUGCUCUGGAGGAUCAUGAGAAAACAACCUUUACCUUCCCUUAUGGAUUUUAUAAGAGAUUCAUCAAAGACUUCUCAAAUAUUGCACUUCCUCUAUGCAAGCUUUUGGAAAAAGAGGUGAAAUUCCACUUUGAUGAUGCUUGUAUGGUAGCUUUCAAAUUCCUGAAAGAAAAACUGAUUUCCACUCAUAUCAUCAUUAGUCCUGAUUGGUCAGAGCCAUUUGGAGUAAUGUGUGAUGCAAGCGGUACAAAAGUGAUUAUUCACACUGAUCAUGCUACAUUGUGUUUUCUAAUGGCAAAGAAAGACACCAAACCGAGAUUGAUAAGAGAGUGUGCUAACCAUAUAAUUAGAAGAUGUGUUCUGGAAGAAGAAGCUGUUGAGAUCCUGCAUGCUUGUCACGCCUCGCCGGUUGGAGGUUAUCACAGUGGUGUACGAACAUCUGCUAAAGUUCUGCAAAGUGGGUACUACUGGUCGUCUCUAUACAAAGAUGCUCAUGAGUUUGUCAAGAAGGGGACGCAAUUUCAAAAGCAAGAUUAUGUUUCCAAAUGGGUAGAAGGUGUAGCUCUUCCAAACAAUGAAGGAAAAAGUGUUGUUCAGUUCUUGAAGUGCUACAUUUUUGCAAUGUUUGGGACUCCACAAGCCAUUAUUAGCGAUGGAGGAUCAUACUUUUGUAAUAAAUGGUUCUCAACUGCAUUGAGUAAAUAUGGGGUGAAACACAAAAUAGGAACACCGUAUCAUCCCCAAACAAGUGGCCAAGUUGAAGUGUCAAACCAGGAGAUAAAAAGCAUUUUGGCUAUGACAGUGAUUGCAAGUAGGAAUGAUUGGUCUCGAAGGUUGGUUGACGCACUAUAG